UUUUGAUACGCGAGCAGAAGAUGCGUUUGUAGAUUUAACGUGUAUUAUUGUAUAUGGUGACUACCUAUCAAGCAACAUUAUGGAUAAUAACGACGAGGGUGAUGAAGGACUGCAUACUUUGGACAUGAGAAGAAGGAAAAUAUCUUCAAGGAGAUCAUCUAUAUUAAAGUUAGCAGGUGGAAAAUCUCCAACCAGGAGUGCUCUCACUGACUUGGAUGUGAAUAGUCGGGCGCGGCGUGUAAGCUUUUCAGAUACAAGAACUGUCAAGGAGUUCAUUAAAAGUGAUGAGGGGAUUGUGUGGACAGGGCUGCGUGAUGAAGUUGUUCCACGGGCAGAACAGCCGAGUCAAGAAUCCCUGUCACAGCUAUCAGCCAGUGAUAAGCUACACACAGAGAACAGUCUGUUUGAAAGCUAUAAAACGGAGGUUAUGUGCAGUCAGUCGAUACAAGCACCGAGCGCUGGCAGUCUGGCUGCGCUGCUAACGAAGCCAAUACACCGAGAUGCUGAUGCUUCCUCCUGCGUCAGCGACGCGCAGGGCUUCUCUCCCCAGAAGCCCGUCGCCACAGACUUCAUACCAACACUGCUCACGCAGCAGCAGCAAUCUUCGGAUGUUUCGUCGGGGAGACGAGAGGAGAUAUUCGAUCGCUACAUGGAUGAGAUGUACGUCGUGAGAGAACAGGUUGACUAUCAGACCGUGCUGCACACGCGCGUCAACAAGUACGCAGGGUCCGUGUCGCAGAGCUACGGUGAGGACAUGAAGCCCGAGGCUGACAGCGAUGCUGAUGCUGAGGGAACGUCGGAGGGGAGAGUCAGUGCCAAGUUGUUUCUUCAACGGUUGCGCUCAGAGAAGCCAUUCAUGCAGCCACCUAACGACGCUGACAACAAAACUAUUCAUUUCCAUGACGAUGACCCCAUGGAGUUCACUUUAUGCAGAGAGAAUCAGACUCUGGUUAGACCUGGAGCAGGCAUUGAGAUACCUAACCCAUCAACAAGCAGUGUUGGCAACAAAACAAGGAUCUAUGAUCCCAACAGAACCCAGCAGGAUGAAUUUGACAUGGAACUAACUACUUGCUUAUCCGAGAAGCAUACAGAAACUCAGGGUCAGAAUACUGCCAUUAAAUUCGGCUCUACUGGUGAUCAAACUCAGCCCUACUCCGUCGUAAUAAAUCCUCAUCUUAAGCCUUCCAGUGAGGAUGCGAACAGAACUCAAGAAGGGAAAGUGACUGCCAAGUCGUUUAUUCAACGGUUGCGCUCAGGCAGGCCACCUGUGCAGCUAGGUUCUGAUGACGAGAAUAAAACCAUUCAUUUCCAGGACGAUGAUCCCAUGGAGAUUACGCUGUGCGGAGGGAAUCGGUCGCUCGCUAGACCUGGAAUAGGCACGGGGAUGCAUGACCCAUCAACAAGCAAUGCUGGCAACAAGACGAGGAUUUAUGAUCCUAACAAAACGCAGCAGGGUGAAUUUGACAUGGACCUUACUACUUGCAUAUCUGAGAAGCAUGUAGAAGUGCAGGGACUAAACAAUGGCAUUAAAUUCAGCUCUGCUGGUGAUCAAAAUCCUUACUACCCUAAUAUAAACAAUCCUAUUGAACCUUGCAAUCAAGCUGCUAGGAAUACUUCAGAAGGUAAAGUAAAUACAAAAUUGUUUCUUCAGCAGUUGCGCUCUAGAAAGCAGCCUGUACCUUUACAAGAUGACGGUGUGCACAAAAGUGUCGAUUUUGGUCAUCCCAACAAUAAACCGGCACAGCUGGAUCUCAGCUGCAGUGAAUCUCUGUAUCUAGAAACAGAUGUUUUAUCUGCUGCUGCACAACCUACUGGACCAAUAUUGCAUGUGGAUACAGCAAUGAUCACGAGCCACCUUACGAGAACGCAUCCAAAGAUCAGCGAUAACAAUAACAGAACUCGGUUCCAUGACAAUGACUUCAUGGAAUUGACUGUGUGUAGAGGAAAUCAAUCUCUGGUGAAGCCAGUUGCAAGCAUGGAGAUCCCUAAGCCAUCAGCAGUCAGUGUUGGAAACAGGACGAGGGUGUAUGAUCCUAACAAAACCCAGCAGGGUGAAUUUGACAUGGAACUCACUACUUGCUUGCCACAGCAGACUUCACAAAGUCUACAGGAUGGCGUCAAUGUUGUCGUAGGUGAUCCUCCUGGUUCUUCCUCAGAAAAUCCAGCUGUGUUUUCACCUACCAACGAUGACAACAAGACCAUUCGUUUCCAUGACGAUGACAAACUGGAGUUGACUGUGUGCAGAGGGAAUCAGUCUCUGGCUAAACCUGAAGCAAGCAUUGAGAUCCCUAAACCAUCAACAGUCAGUGUUGGCAACAGGACGAGGUUGUAUGACCCUAACAGAACCCAGCAAGGUGAAUUUGACAUGGAACUCACUACUUGCUUACCUCAGCAAACAUCAGAAAGUCUACAGCUUGAAACCAAUAUUGUUGCAGGUAAUUCUCUUGAUGGGCCAACAUAUUCCUCUAAUGAAGAGGUCAGCAUUAAGCCUGGUGACAACAAUGUUGAAGGAAUUUCAGGAUACAACACCAACCUUAACCAACAGCAGUUGCACUUGCAAGAUUCCAUGGAAUCACCUAACAAAGAUGACAACAAGACCAUUCGUUUCCAUGGUGAUGAACUCAUGGAAUUGACUGCAUGCAGAGGGAAUCAGUCUCUUGUCAUACCUGGAGCUAGCAUUGAGAUCCCUAAGCCAUCAACAGGCAGUGUUGGAAACAGGACGAGGGUGUAUGAUCCCAACAGAACCCAGCAAGGUGAACUUGACAUGGAACUCACUACUUGCUUACAUCAGCAGAUUUCGCAAAGUCUACAGGAUGGCGUCAAUGUUGUCGUAGGUGAUCCUGGCUCUUCCUCAGAAAAUCCAGCUGUGUAUUCACCUACCAACGAUGACAACAAGACCAUUCGUUUCCAUGACGAUGACAAAAUGGAGUUGACUGUGUGCAUAGGGGAUCAGUCUCUGGCUAAACCUGAAGCAAGCAUUGAGAUCCCUAACCCAUCAACAGGCAGUGUUGGAAACAGGACGAGGGUGUAUGAUCCUAACAAAACCCAGCAGGGUGAAUUUGACAUGGAUCUAACUACUUGCUUGCCACAGCAGACUUCACAAAGUCUACAGGAUGGCGUCAAUGUUGUCGUAGGUAAUCCCCCUGAUUCUUCCUUAGAAAAUCCAGCUGUGUUUUCACCUACCAACGAUGACAACAAGACAAUUCGUUUCCAUGGUGAUGAACUCAUGGAAUUGACUGCAUGCAGAGGGAAUCAGUCUCUGGUCAGACCUGGAACAAGCAUUGAGAUACCUAAGCCACCAACAGGAAGUGUUGGAAACAGAACAAGGAUGUAUGAUCCUAAUAAAACCCAGCAGGAUGAAUUUGACAUGGAACUCACUACUUGCUUACCACAGCAGACUUCACAAAGUCUACAGGAUGGCAUCAAUGUUGUUGCAGAUAAUUCUCUUGGUGGCCCAACAUAUUCCUCUAAUGAAGAGGCCAACAUGAAGCCUGGUGACAACAAUGUUGAAAGAGUUUUAGAAGACAACACCAACUUAAAUUUAGAGCAGUUUCACUCGAGAAAUCAGGUGUUUUCCCCUACCAACAAUGACAACAAGACCAUUGGUUUCCAUGACGAUGACAAAAUGGAGUUGACUGUGUGCAGAGAUAGUGUCAGUCCUGCAAAUGUAGUGAGCCUUUCACCAAUCGUUAGUUCCGGUGGGGAGAUACCCAGAUACGGGCGCGCGGGUACGGCGAGCGAGACGCCCUCGCGUAACGUCUGCGACACAGAGGCGCCGUCAAACGACUGCCUCGGGGAGAGCGAUCCGUUUGCGAAGCGACCGCUCGUCUUCUACUCUCCGCAGAUGCCGUCGACGACCACGCGUCGUGAGAGUCCCGUGCGUGCCGAGCUCUCCGCUGACUCAGCACACCAGGUGGGGCAGUUGCGGGAUGAUGUACUCACCCUGCGCGAGGUAGCGACGUGA